AUGAUCGAAGCCCACGUCUUCAGCUACGGACAGCGCCACCUUUAUGCCGACGAGUGGGAGCAAUGGCUCCGUUUGCGCCAUCAGGUCUACAUCGAAGAGAAACGCUGGCACGAGCCCAAUGCGGACGGCCGCGAAACCGACCAGUUCGACAAUGAUGCGGCGACCUACAUACUCGGCCUUCUGGACGGCCGGGUUGUCACCUCCGCCCGGCUGAUCCCCUGCAAUCGGCCAACGCUCGUGUCCGACGUAUUUCCGCACUUCUGCGAGCGGGCCGGCGUGCCCGACCGGCCCGACUGGAUCGAGUGGACGCGGACGCUGACCGUCCCGGAGUUGCGGUCAGGCGGCCGGCAGAGCAUCCUGACCCAGCUUUGCGCCGCGGUGAUGGAGUAUUGCCUUCAGGAAGGCGCGGCCAAGGUCGGCGGCAUCCAGGAGCUGUUCUUCCUGCCCAAAUGGAAGCAUCUUGGCUGGAAGACGACACCGCUCGGACUGCCGCAGGAAAUCGAGGGCAGCGGCGAAUGCGUCGUGGCUUUCAUCGACGUUAACGAAACCGCGCUCGGCAAUAUUCGUACAGUGCUGGGAACCGGUCGUUCUCCGCUGCGCCACCGAGGAGAACGUCCCCGGCUGAUCGACGGGGACCGGGUGGAGUUCACGCAAUGA